AUGGGCAAACGUAAGAUCGCGACAGCUAUCUCGGCGUUUAUCCUUAUUUUUUCGCUGUUCGAAAUUUUCUACAAUGGUUUGACGUUAGGACUCGACUUUACCGGCGGCACCUUGAUUGAGCUGGGUUUUGAGCAGGAAGUUGACGCUGAUCAACUGCGUAACGAUCUGGCGGCUAAUGGUUUUGAGAACGGUACCGUGCAGUAUUUUGGCUCAAACCAGGAGAUUCUUAUUCGCAUGCCGCCCCAGGGCGGAAUUGAGCAGGCGACGCUGGGCGAUCGGAUUUUUGCCUCUGUUCAGGCUCAGCAUGACGGCGUCAGCUUACGUCAAAGCAACUUUGUUGGACCUGCAGUGGGUGAGGAGCUUGCUGAAGACGGUGGCCUGGCGCUACUGGCGGCGUUAAUCGUGGUGAUGCUCUACAUUCUGUUUCGUUUCACCAAACAGUUUGCGUUUGGUGCGGUAGCUGCAUUGGCCCACGACGUUUUUGCAGUAUUGGGUAUCUUUGCCAUUUUCCACCUGACCUUUGACCUGACCGUAUUGGCGGCGUUGCUUGCUGUGAUUGGUUAUUCUCUUAAUGACACCAUCGUUGUGAGUGACCGGAUACGUGAGAAUUUCCGCAAGAUACGCAAGCGCACGCCGAUAGAAGUAAUUAACGAGUCGUUGAACCAGACCCUUGGGCGCACGUUAGUAACCUCGUUGACAACUUUGUUUGUGUUGCUGGCGUUGUUGUUUGCUGGUGGUGAAGCGAUUCGCGGCUUUGCGCUGGCGCUGAGUAUUGGUGUUCUGGUGGGAACCUAUUCUUCGAUUUACGUGUCUGCGAAUAUCCUGCUGGCGUUGAAUAUCACCCGCGAGGAUCUGCUUGCUGGAGACCAUCGCGCGCAUGACUUUGGGAUUCGCGGCGACGAUAUCGCCGCUGCUCCAGUAGUCUUCGCCGCCAUCCAGAUCGCCGAUAAAGCCGCCGGCUUCACGGAUCAGCACAAUACCUGCGGCAAUGCUGACUGGCGCGCAGCAGGCGCGCUGGAUAUUCUGGAUGGAGCUACCGUCGUCGAUACGGUAGAAACAGCCAUCGCAGACUGCCACUGGGUUGUGGGUACGAGUACGCGACUACGCAAAAUUCCCUGGCCGGUGACCGAUGCUAAAGGCAUAGCCAGGCAGGUGGUUGAGCAGGCCAAUGAAGCGCAGAUCGCGAUUCUGUUUGGUCGUGAGGACAGCGGUUUGACGAAUGAAGAGCUGCGCCGUUGUCACUAUCAUCUGCAGAUACCCGCAGCGCCUGAAUAUUCCUCGCUGAACCUGGCUAUGGCUGUACAAGUGGUCUGUUAUGAGUUGUUUCAGGCCAGUCAGAGCGAGCCUGUCGUGACAGCCUGGGAUCGGCGCAUGGCCACCUCCGCGGAAUUGGACGCCAUGCUGGUGCACCUUGAAGAGACCCUGCUGGAUGGCGGUUUUCUGCUGGCGGAAAACCCAGGUCAGACCAUGACCCGGGUGCGUCGCAUGUUUUCCCGCAUGCAGUUGGAUGAAACCGAGGUGCAGAUUAUGCGCGGCCGCUACGCUGUAACCGCUAUGCUGGACAUAGCGCUGCAUUGCGAGCAAGGGCCUGUCAGCGUGCAGGAUAUUGCCGGCCGGCAGGAUAUUUCUUCUUCGUACCUUGAGCAGAUUGUCGGCCGCUUGAAACGCCUGGGUCUGUUAACCAGCCACCGUGGGCCCGGGGGCGGUUAUCAGCUGGGUGCUGCCCCUGAAGAGAUAAGUAUCUCCUCGGUUGUUUCAGCGGUAGGAGAAGGUGUGGAUGCCACCCGCUGCGGCGGUCGCGCUGAUUGCGCGACGGAGUCGGACAACCUGGCACUCAAAGGAGUGGCGUUCAAUGCCAGUCGAAAACAUAUUGUCACCAGUGCAGUAGAGCACAAAGCGGUGCUGGAUACCUGUGCAGACCUGCAUGCUCAGGGUUUUGAAGUGACGUAUCUGCAACCGGAUGCUCAUGGCCGGGUUGAAGUGGCACAGGUCGCUGAGGCGCUGCGUGAAGACACGCUGAUAGUGUCUAUCAUGCAUGUGAACAACGAGCUGGGCACUAUUUGUGAUAUCCAGGGCAUGGGUGCAUUGUGCCGCUCCCGUGGCGUUCUGUUUCACGUUGACGCUGCGCAGAGUUUUGGCAAGCUGGCCAUCGAUGUGCAGGCGAUGUGUAUCGAUAUGUUGUCGAUUUCCGCGCAUAAAUUGUAUGGUCCCAAAGGUAUCGGCGUGUUGUAUGUGCGACGUGAACCGCCGAUUAAGUUACAUCCGCUCAUUCAUGGCGGCGGUCACGAGAUGGGCAUGCGCUCAGGUACGUUGCCAACCCAUCAGAUUAUCGGGUUGGCCGAGGCCAGCCGUUUGAUGCAGGCAGACAUGGUGAAAGAGCAGGCGCGAUUAUCGAGCCUGCGCGAACGCCUGCUCACUCAUCUGAGACAGAUUCCGGACACUUUUAUCCACAGCCAUCCAGAGUUCAACCUCCCGUCCAUUGUGAACGUUGGAUUUGCUGGCAUAGAUGGCGAAACGCUGCUGCUGGCCCUGGACGAUCUGGCAUUGUCCACAGGUUCAGCGUGUAACUCUACGUCGGUGGAACCUUCUUUUGUGCUGUCCGCCAUUGGUGUGCCAAGAGACAUCGCGCAAGCCUCUUUACGCAUCAGCUUUGGACGUUUCAGCCAGGCUGAGGAUCUAGAUCACGCCGGCAGCCGCAUCAGCUCGGUAGUUGGACGAUUGCGCGGGCCUUAA